AUGGCUGUUGACUUUACCCAGGUCCUGGCUGAGAUCGGGGGCUUUGGUGCCUUCCAGAUCUGGCUCAUUGUCCUUUUGUGCAUCCCCAACUUCUUGUCAGCCUACUACAUGUUUGCCCAGCCCUUCAUGGUUUUGGAUGAGCCCCACCACUGCAUCCGUGCUCUCUGGGUCCAGAACUAUGGGCCAAAUCUGACUGCUGAGGAGAAGCUGAAUCUCAGUGUGCCUAGGACUGAGGCUGGUGAUUUCGAGUCGUGCCUUGUGUAUGCACCACCCCCAGAAGGCUGGAGCCUUGAUGACAUCUACCAGUAUGGCCUCAAUGGCACGCAGGCUUGCAAGGAGGGCUGGGAGUACCCGGAGAAGAAGCCGCUGUCCCUGGUGAAUGAGUUCAACCUGGUCUGUCACCGGAAGCAUGAAAGGGAGACUGCCCAGUCUGUGUACAUGGCUGGCCUUCUGUUUGGGGCAAUGAUCUUCGGCCCUCUCUGUGACAGGAUUGGCCGCAGGCCCACCAUUCUCAUCUUGCUGCUCCUCUAUGCUGUGUUUGGCAUCGGGACAGCCUUUGUCACCGACUUCUACUUCUACAUGGUUCUCCGGUUUGCCGUUGCCACAGUGGUGUCUGGCUAUACCUUCAGCAACGUCACCUUGAGCACAGAGUGGGUCAGUGCCUCCAAGAGGACCCACGCUGUGGUCAUCUGCCAAAGCUGCUUCUCAGUAGGGCAGAUGGCCCUGGCUGGCCUGGCCUUCGGAGUUCGAAAUUGGAGAUUAUUGCAGAUUGUGGGCACCUCCCCUGUCCUACUGCUGUUCUUCUAUUGGUGGGUGCUUCCUGAAUCUGCAAGGUGGCUCCUGACCCAAGGGAGAGUGGAGGAGGCCAAGGCAUUGAUCCAGAAAGCAGCCUCGAUGAACAAGCGCAGCGUGUCUUCCGAGACCCUCGACCAGCUAGCUCCAGAGAAGAAAGGACCAAAGGGAAAUGCUCUGGACCUGUUUCGGCACCCUCAGCUCCGGAAGUUGACGCUCAUUCUGUUCUGUGUCUGGUUUGUGGACAGCCUCAGCUACUACGGCCUAGGCCUCAAUGUGGGAGGCUUCGGUCUGGACAUCUACCUGACACAGCUGAUCUUCGGGGCCGUGGAAGUCCCUGCACGCUUGUCCAGCAUCUUCAUAUUGCAAAAGUUUGGCAGGAGGAAGAGCCAGAUGGGGAUGCUGAUCUUAGGCGGUCUCAUGUGCAUCAUCAUCAUCUUCAUCCCCGCAAAAUAUCCCACCGUCACCACGACGCUGGCCGUGAUAGGGAAAUUUGCCACAUCUGCAGCGUUCACCAUCUCCUACGUGUAUUCAGCAGAGCUUUUCCCCACCAUCGUCAGGCAGACAGGAAUGGGGCUUGUGGCCAUCUUCUCCCGGAUUGCAGGCAUCAUCACACCCUUGGUAAUCCUCCUGGAGGAGUACCACACCGCCAUCCCCAUGGCCAUCUAUGGGACCUUCCCAGUCCUCGUUGGGAUCCUCAGUGUGAUGCUACCUGAAACUAAAGGAAAAACCCUAAAGGACACUAUAGAUGACCUGGAGCCAAAACCCACCAAAGGGCCCCAGAAUCCAGAGCCUGAUUCUACUAACACAGAAGCAGUAUCUGCCCAGGAGAAGGGCACUGUGGGCCAUUUCAGCACCACCUACUUCUGA